GUGCUCCCCCCGGCUGAGGGUGGCCCCCGCGGCAGCCUGGCCUACAAGUACGUCAUCCACGAGGACCUGCUGCCCCUCAUCGGGAGCAACAACGUUCUCCUGGAGGAGACGGACACCUACGAGUGGGCGCUCAAGAGCUGGGCCCCCUGCACCAAGGCCUGCGGAGGAGGUAUCCAGUUCACCAAAUACGGCUGUCGGCGCCGACGAGACCAUCACAUGGUACAGCGGCACCUGUGCGACCACAAGAAGAGGCCCAAACCCAUCCGCAGGCGCUGCAACCAGCACCAGUGCCCCCAGCCUGAGUGA